UGUAUAUCCAAUAUUCCGCCACAUAUCGGAAGUAAAUUGAAUUUUGUCACAUCAGAAAAGAAAAUGAGGUUGGCCAUCAUAUUUUGCAUAUUCAUAUUAUUAUUCGUAAAUGCAUCCCACGCACAACAAUGCGGAAGCCAAGCCGGCGGAGCCGUAUGCGCCGCCGGGAAUUGUUGCAGCCAGUACGGCUAUUGCGGCAACACCGCGGAAUACUGUUCUCCGAGUUCCGGCUGCCAGAGCCAGUGUUGGUCGUCGGGAGCCGGAGCGCCUCCUCCGCCCGCUACUCCGACGCCCCCCAGUGCCGGCGGCGGCGAUAUUAGCGGCGUCAUCAGCCAGUCUGUUUUCGACGAGAUGCUGAAGUACAAAGACGAUUCCCGCUGCCACGCGCCAGGGUUUUAUACGUACGAUGCGUUCAUCGCCGCCGCGAAAUCUUACGGAGAAUUCGGGACGACCGGAGACUCGGACACGAUUAAGAGAGAAGUCGCCGCUUUCUUGGGCCAGACCUCCCACGAGACUACUGGUGGAUGGGAUACAGCACCGGAUGGUCGAUAUGCAUGGGGGUAUUGUUUUCUAAGAGAAAACACCUCAGAUUCCUACUGCAACGUCACUCAAGCCUGGCCUUGUGCUCCUGGCCAAAAAUACUUUGGGCGUGGUCCUAUUCAAAUCUCUUACAACUACAACUAUGGUCCAGCAGGACAGGCACUUGGCUAUGAUCUUAUAAGUAACCCUGACCUAGUCGCCACAGACUCGACCGUGUCCUUCAAGACAGCAUUGUGGUUCUGGAUGACACCUCAGGGUGCAAAGCCGUCUUGCCACGACGUGAUGACCGGUAAAUGGACACCGUCUGCCACUGACACAGCGGCUGGUCGUGUCCCGGGUUAUGGGCUGGUCACUAACAUCAUUAAUGGUGGGGUUGAGUGUGGUAGUGGCGGUGCGAAGGAUAAAGCCGAUGACCGCGUUGGAUUCUACAAACGCUAUUGUGACAUUUUUGGCAUAGCCUAUGGAGACAAUUUGGACUGCUCUGCUCAAACUCCAUACACUGCGACUCUUGCUUCCACCUGAAAAUAAAAACAUCUUGUGUACUCAAUCAUAACAAAUAAAAUGAAAAAUUGUACGCAACGACCUUCAAGACUGCAUAUGUUAUAUUAUGCGAGGGCCGCGUCUGAUAUACGAAUAAUUUCAUAACAAUAAUGUACAUGAAAACAAUGUGAAUUAUCAGUCUUGUGUGAUGAUAGUAUCUAAAGUUAUAAUACUCAUGUGAUAAACAUUGAAGUUUUGGUUGUGUCGCAUUAGCAAAGAUGGUGAGCAAAGUGACUCGGGUCAAAGGCUAAUACACUGGAGGGGGUGCAAUUAACGAAAAUAAACGUUUUUUUAAAUAACGAAUAUAAACGUUAACCGGUCUAAUCCACCCUAUCCUAAUUAACUCUUUAAUCACCCCACUUCUUUCUAUGAUCUCCAGAAAUUUGGAGGAUCGGAUAUGGCAAAUCCCAUUUGAUCAUGUUUGGAUUCAACUUUUGACAAGGCAAAAUGAAUGGAGGACUUGGAGAGAACUGAUAGUCAUUGAAAAGAAUUACAUUUAGUCAUUUAGAUGAGCAAUUAUAUAGAAAUAAACAAUUCAACUGAAUGUGUAUUUAUUCUCUAGCGUAAGACUAACAAAUACAACUAUACAAGUAUAAUAAAAUGAACAUAAUUUUUUUAAUAAUAAAAGUUCGUAAUGUUGAAAACAAUUGAUUUAAAAAAGAAACGCACUUUAAGUACCUUCUCAAAGUACUCUAUAAUUUUAGUUUGAAGUGCGUAAAUGUAAACACAAGUGCAACUUUAUUUUAAAAUUCAUAAAUGGAACCAAGGGGUAGUUGUCUCUAUGCAUACAACUUGAUCAAUAUUGGUUGGUUGUGUGAAUGUUCAAAU